AUGAACACCAUACUUACAAAAGAAUGGCUCCAUCUAUGUUUGGUGAUGCUUGUCUUCAGCAAAGUCUCGUCUCAGAGCUGCACCAGUCUGCGUGAACAGCUAAGCACCACCAACAAGAACAACCUGGAACUCCUGAAGAGCAAAAUGAGAACAAACUUUCCUCUGCAAUGCCUAAGUGACAUGAGUGACUUCAUGACCAACCAAGAAAUUCUUAAGGAGAUCCAAAGGUCUCUAGAAGAGAAUCCAAAGGUGGCCAUUCAUGAAAUCUUCCAACAGAUCAUCCGCACCUUCAACCAAAAUCUGACAGAAAUGGCUUGGGAUGAGAAUUCCUUGGCCAUGUUCAAGUCCAGACUUCAUCAACAAAUUCAGCAUCUGGGAACAUGCUUGAGUGCGGAGAUGGAGAAUGACAUCUUGUCUCCAAGAGGUCAGAUCACCCAGCUUACCAGGCUGAGAGUGAAAAGAUACUUCCAAAGAAUUGACAACUUCCUGAAGGAGAACCAGCACAGUUUAUGCACCUGGGAAAUUGUCCAAAUGGAAGUCAAGCAAUGUCUGCUGUUUGUGGACCAACUCACAAAUAGGAUCCAAAACUAA